AUUUGCAAUUCUAAAGCCGCCUCUGCAGUAACCAACCCGUUGAUCAUCCAUCGCUCCUUCCUCCUCCAUCCAUGCCAUUGCCACCGCACGCCCAUCCAAUCGCCACAAAGAUCCGUGGGGCCACCCACCACGCUCGGGUUCUGCUCGAGCCCACCCGUCGGCGAGCAGGGGUAGAUCGACCAAGUCGCGUCACCGGCUCACUUCCCGGUCAAGUUACCGUCCACCUCCAAAGAGGCGCAGCGCCUGCCGGCCCGCGGCAACAUGCGCACGCCAGCAUCGAGCACAUUCCUCCCGUGAGCGCGCAUUGCCACUGUUGUUGCUGUGAUUACGGCUCGUGGCUCGAGGCGGACUCCGGCGCGCGAAACCCUAGCGCGAGCGCUGAGCUCACCGGCCUCGGUGCCGGCGGCGGUCGGAUGGCUUCGGCGGCGGAGCCAUGGUGAGGGGCCUAGCGCCCGGGGGCCGCGCGGCGAGGUGGUGCACCUGCCGGGGCGCCGCCGUCGCCGUCUGCCUCGGCAACCUCGUCGCCGCGCUGCUCGUGGCCCGCGCGCUCUACUCCCCCGGCCCCUUCGCCUCUACGCCCAAACGCGGGGAGGUGAAGUAUUCCAAGGACCAGGUGAGGUGGAUGGAGGAGUCGAUCCGGAUUCGCCGCGAGGCCGAGCCCGUCGAGCUCAUUGAAGCGGUGAAUAAGCUGCGUAAGGUGUUCGCGAGGGAGGCGAAGAGGCGGAAGGAGUUGCCGCUGGAGCUGAAGCAGAGAGUUUCGUAUGAGAUUUUGCAGAGGCUGCGUGAUUUGGGGGAGGAUCGCAAUACCACCGAACAACGAGAAGCUAUAGAAUCAUGGCGCGUUGAGAAGCUUAAAUAUAUCAGAAGUUCAUCUGCUCAGAAUAUAUCAAAUUUAGACCUCUCCAUUGAAGAAUCAAGGAUGUUAAAGCGAGCCUUGGAGUUUAACUGGCGUAUGCUAUUGGAGGACAUUGGUCUUUGGAUACCUCCCUAUGUAUAUCAUAUUGAACAUGAUGAAAAACCGGAGAAUGAACCAGAAGAAGAAGAGAUUAUACCAGGUCCACCUUUGCCCCCUGAAUGCAAUGCUGAACUGCAUACUGAUUAUGGUGGUGCUGCUGUUAGAUGGGGACUAACACACCAUAAAGAAAGUGCUGCGGAUUGCUGUCAAGCUUGCAUAGAUCAGGCUAAAAGGGCCAAAGCAGGAGCAUUGAAGUGUAAUAUUUGGGUUUACUGUCCAUCAGAGUAUGGAUGCUACUCGCCAGACAAAUAUGAACACAAACAUCAAGAGUGCUGGUUGAAACAGGCUGACCACCCUAAAUUAAACUUUAAAGACCGAUAUUCUGAGUCGUACAGAGAUUCUCACCCAACUGCUCCUGUCGUUGUGCCAUGGAUGUCAGGUGUAAUCAGUGCAUGAGUUGCCUUCCUAGUGCCCGCAGGAGUUCAUUUCCACUAUGCAAUGUCGUAACUGAAUCAUGUGCAUUUUCACAAACUCAGAAGACCAUUUUGUCUUCAUUCUUUAGUAGUUUCUAGAUUAGUCUAGUUGGCAACUAAACUUAGUCUGAGCCAGGUGGUAAUUUUUGGAUCGUAUGCUGGUGGCUUACUCGACAAAUUACACGAGUCAAGUUAAUUCUUCUGUUUCCCUGUCAUGUACCUUUUUCUAUAUAUGAUAAUAUUUAUAACUGCUUUACACUGCCGAGUGCUGGUUGGUCAUGAAAAUUUUCAUGUGUUUGAUUUUAAGGAAACAAAGUUAAUGAGGGAAUCCAUUUUCAUAAGAUGGAGUGCAUGUAAUCUUAUAUCUUAAUCUGUAUUACUUAAAACUGACUUCCCCCGAAGGAAGCUUAAUUGAGCAUCACAUCAUCUCAACAUUUGAUCACCAUUUCAGUUCUUGCAGCUGUUCUCAUAGAACUUAGGGCAGCGCAGCUGGGGAAGGAGAUGAAGCGUUCCAAGGGCAGGACUAGUGUUCAUGGCUGGCUGGCGCAGAGGAGAGGGUGCCCAGGGGUUUGGAGGAAAUUGUUAGGGCCACAACGGUUUUUUGAAAGAAUGGUAGUUGGGAUGGUUGAAGGUGCUAGCCCGCAUCCAGUCCGUCCUGGAUCGAGCAAUCCACGAUUGGGGUCUUUGCACCUGUCUAUGAAAUUGGCCUUUUGCGCCAAAUGGAGUCGCAUUGUAGGAGGAAAGU